CUCCUUCGAAAUGAGUUGCUAAUGUUCAAGUCUGAGUCGUACGGAGAAAGCGGGGUUCUCUUUAGAGUGGAACAAGCCAAACAAUGGAAAAGAGUAAUUAACCUGCAGCGCUGACAAUAUACGUAUUGAGAAGGUUAAAAGAAAACGCUAAAAGUGGACACGCAGCUAUAAGACUCGUGGUUUUAAGUAUCAUUUUGGCUUAAUGUACUGCUAAUAAGUGGGUGGAGUUUUAAAUGAUGCAUCUUUUAAGAAUUCUAAAGCCUGGCUGGAACCAGAGCUGAAAUUUUCCCUGCUCAAAAUUUGUUCAAGAUGUGUUCCUGGUUGCUACUUUGGUUGCAGGGAGGUAAAGUGUAGGUAGGCCUGCACACCAUGCACAUUAGAAGGCAAUUCAUUUGUAACCAAGUUAACAAAGGUUUAAUAGAUUAAAAUGGGAAACUCGGAAAGCCAGUAUAGCCCACAGCCUUCCAAAAGCCAUGCUCUCUUUUUUUCUACCAAGCAGAAACCCUGUUCCUUGAGGCUUCGAAGCAUCCAUGCCAAAAUUGAACAGUCGCGCUCUUCACAUGGCUGGGGAAACAGUAAUAGCAACUGCAGUAGCAGCAACAGUUCAGGUUAUAAGGCACGGGCCUUGACCAGAGGAUGUAUUUCUCAACACAAAAACAGCCAACCAUACUCUGCCCGCCACUGUGACUGUGGGGCAAAGAGUAAUAAGAGCACCCCCAAUGGGAAACAUCACGCAAACUCCCCAGGAAGUUGUGACACCAGUAAUAAUGUUGUGCUUCAGACUGAGAACAACUUUUGCUAUGUUCCUUGUGAUGUGUCAGAUGAGUGCAAUGGGUAUAUCAGAAAUGGUCAUUCAACUUACGAGACUUCAGCAUCUGAAAGUACUGAGGAUAAAAGCAGCCCAAAGGUGCUUAUUAAAACACUGGGAAAAUUUGAUGGCAGUCUAAGGGUGGAAUUUACUAGUGGCAACAACAACAACAACAGGUUUCCCAUUGAUGACUCUAAUGGACCAGUAAAAUUAUUGAAAUACAGUCCCACCAUGGAAUUGACUCCUAGCAAACCAGAUAUAGUAAGACGACAUUGUCGGACAUCUUAUGACAAUGUCAGUAGUCUCACAGUCGGAGAUUCUGGAGUACGGACUAGUAAGGGAAGCUCAUUAAGCUCUGAUAGCUCCUGGUAUGACUCGCCAUGGGGUAACACAGUGGAAAUUAAUGAAGCCGACAGGAUAUAUCCAGCCAUUAGGACUGCUGACACAGGUACAGGAGAAAGUGUGUUGCACAGCAGUCAAAAUGUUUUCAAUCAGAGAGUAUCUCCAAUUUCUCUCCAGGAUCUAUACAGGGAAACAAACCUCACACCAGCCUUUGCAACUGAGAAUGGACUUUCGAUAGAAUACCUCAAUGUGCCAGUUAGUGGCAGUCGCACUUCAUUUGUGUCAGACACUGACAUUGCCUUUGACAUUGAAUCUGCCACUCUGAAACCAUACUCUUCAUUCACUCUUCCUUGCCGGAAAUCUAGGCCCAUUCAGGAGGGCAUCACCAAAAAGGAUACUCUGAAAAGUCGAAUGCGACGUAUUAGUGACUGGACUGGAAGCUUGACACGCAAGAAAAGGAAGCUGCAGGAACCUAAAAAUAAAGACGUAAGUGAAUGCUUUGACAGUGGGAUUGAUGGUUUCACUGCUGACACCAGUUCACCUUCCCAAGUCUCCAAUUCGGUUUGGUCACCGAGCCCUGGCUCUAACUUCACUCCACGCAGUGAGUCUAGCAAUGCCAUUUAUAACAGUGAUGCUCUGAGACAGAACAUUUAUGAGAACUUCAUGCGAGAGCUAGAAAUUGGCUGCUCCAAGGAUCAUGUGGAGCCCUUAAGUGAGCCAGAGGAGACCAGCAGCGAUUCCCUGGGGUCAUUGGAACAGCUCGACCUUCUGUUUGAGAAAGAACAGGGUGUUGUUCGCAAAGCAGGAUGGCUCUUUUUCAAACCCCUCGUCACCCUUCAGAAAGAAAAGAAGCUUGAGCUGGCAGCACGGAGAAAAUGGAAACAAUACUGGGUGAUGCUCAAAGGCUGCACACUCUUGUUUUAUGAAACCUAUGGAAGGAAUUCUAUGGAGGAAGACUUUCUGCCACGUUAUGCUCUGUUUGCAGAAGACAGCAUUGUGCAGUCUGUGCCUGAACAUCCAAAGAAAGAGAAUGUUUUCUGCCUCAGCAAUACAUUUGGAGAUGUCUACCUCUUCCAGGCAACAAGCCAAACUGAUCUGGAAAAUUGGGUCACAGCUAUUCAUUCAGCCAGUGCGUCCUUGUUUGCUAAAAAGCAUGGUAAGGAAGAUACUGUUCGGCUACUCCGAAAUCAAACAAAGAGUCUCAUCCAGAAGAUCGAUAUGGACAGCAAGAUGAAAAAAAUGGCAGAAAUUCAGCUUUCUAUUGUCAGUGAUCCAAAGAACAGAAAGGCCAUAGAAAAUCAGAUCCAGCAAUGGGAGCAAAAUCUGGAGAAGUUCAACAUGGAUUUGUUCCGCAUACGGUGUUACCUAGCCAGCCUGCGGGGAGGAGAACUUCCCAAUCCUAAGAGUCUUCUUUCAGCAGCCAGUCGUCCAUCCAAAGUUGCACUUAGCAGGCUCGGCAUCUUUUCUGUUUCAUCAUUUCAUGCCUUGAUAUGCUCAAGAGAUGAGGCAACCCUGAGGAAACGUUCACUCUCCCUCUCUCAAAGGAUGAAAAACAAAAGGGGUCUUUUCUCCUCUCUUAAAGGUCUGGAUAGUAUAUCCAAACGUGGAAAAGAAAAAAGACCUUCAGUGUCCCAGAUUUUUGAAAACACUGGUUCACAGAGAACAUCAUUUUUGCUAAACCCAAACAGUUGUGAGAGGCUAGAUGGCUCUUCUAAUAUAUGUUCAACAGCACCACCUGAAGACAGUGUGAGGGAAACUGCAGUUUAUUUGCCAGAAAAUCAGAAGGUGACAGUGGUUGUAAGACUGGAACACAAGGUGGAGGAUGUGUUGGCCUUGGUGUGCAAGAUGAAACAGCUCGACCCAUCUAUGUUCUGCUUACGACUUAAAAGAAUAAUGGAUGGAAGCAUAGAUUUUAGUGUACCUGCUUUCAGCGAGUAUAUUCAUGAGCUGACAUACAAUGAAAUAGAAGUAGUUCCUGUGAGUGUCUUCCACAUUCUACUGGAGAAAACUGACACUGAUGGUGAUUUUGGUUUCUCAAUUGUGGCAAAAGGAGAUGAACUACAUAAAAGCCAUAUCCUUGUCACUGAAGUUCUCCCUGAUGGGUUUGCAUUCAGUAAAGGGCUGAGACAAAGUGAUGAAAUCCUCGUCAUAAAUGGGAAAACUGUGUCCACACUUGAUCCAACUCACAUCAGGGAACUUUUCAGCGAGCAGAGCCUAUUGUUGACACUCAGGAGAGUUUCAAACAAUGAUUAUAAAACAGACAAGUUAGUAGAAAAUGAACUGAAAGACCCCAAUUCAAAAAUAUCCACUGCUAAACAAUCCCAGCUUCUGGAAGAAUUUUUCGACAAACAGAUGGAGCAGAAAACGACAGAUGUCUCCAGAGUUCCUGAUAUUACAAUCUUCGAAGUGAGGGACUUCACUGAAGACCAUCUGGAGCAGGAUAGAAAGCCAACUGAUAACCACCAAAAGAGUGCAGAAACAGCUGCCGCACUGUAUCAGAGUUUUCAGGAAGGUACUACAGGUAUAAUGGAGGUAGUCAAUGAGCCAGCAGAUGUGUCAGUAAGGCCAUGGACCAGGCAUAUGUCAGCCACUGAGCGACUCAGCAAAGUUAUACAGGAGCUGGUGGACACUGAAAAGUCUUAUGUUAAGGAUUUGACUUGCCUGUUUGAAAUCUACCUAAAACCUUUACAGAAUGAGAUUUUCCUAACUCAAGAUGAGAUGGAGUCCCUCUUUGGUAGCCUUCCAGAAAUGUUGGAUUUUCAGAAAGUGUUCCUUCAGACAUUAGAGGAAAGAAUUGGUUCAAACCCUGAUUUCACCACUUUGGAAACUCCGCUGCAGUUUAAGAAAUUGCUGUUUUCUCUUGGAGGCUCCUUCCUGUAUUAUGCAGACCACUUUAAGCUGUAUAGUGGCUUCUGUGCAAAUCAAAUCAAGGUUCAAAAAGUGCUUGAGAGAGCUAAAACAGACAGAGCCUUUAAAGAGUUCUUAGAUGCAAAAAAUCCCACAAAGCAGCAUUCAUCAACUUUGGAGUCCUAUCUCAUCAAACCUGUCCAGCGAGUCUUGAAGUACCCAUUACUUCUACGUGAAUUAGUGUCUCUAACAGAUGCUGAGAGUGAGGAGCACUAUCACUUAACAGAGGCACUUAAAGCAAUGGAAAAAGUUGCAAGUCAUAUUAAUGAGAUGCAGAAGAUCUAUGAAGAUUUUGGAACUGUAUUUGAUCAAUUGGUUGCAGAGCAAAGUGGACCUGAAAAAGAGGUCACAGAGAUUUCUAUGGGAGAGUUCCUCAUGCAUUCAUCGGUUGUCUGGCUGAACCCAUUCCCAUCUUUGGGCCGUCUGAGAAAAGAUCCAGAGCUUACCGUAUUUGUUUUUAAGAAAGCUGUGAUUUUGGUGUACAGAGAGAGUAACAAGCUUAAAAAGAAAAUGCACGCAAACUCCCGAGCAGCCUACAUCCAUGGUGAUUUGGACCCAUUUAAAUUUCGAUGGCUAAUACCAUUAUCUGCUCUUCAAGUCAGACUUGGAAAUGCCUCUGGGACUGACACCAAUUGCUUUUGGGAACUGGUUCACACAAAAUCUGAAAUUGAGGGACGUCCUGAAACAGUUUUCCAACUGUGUAGCAGUGUACCAGAAACCAAGGCAAAUACAAUCAAGGCAAUCCGUUCAAUCCUACGGGAGAGCCUUCGACGAAACCUAAAAUGUGACUUCCCCUUAGAGAAGAGUUGCAAAGAGCGCAUUGUACCAUUGCGAAAUACUGUGCCAACGUCGGCAAGAAUUGGGUCUUCACGAGCCUCCUGGCUGUGUAAACAGCUAAGCACUGAAAUGACCUUCAGCAAUGAGAUUCUCAAAGGAACACUCAUAGAUUCUGAUGAAGGAAGUCUAAGCAGCAGUACCCAGAGCAGUGGAUGCCACACGACCGAUACCAAUCUUGAAUCCAGCCAAUCUCCCCAUGUGACCAAACAGGAAAAUGCCCAUAUAGACCUUGCUGAUGAUAACACUGUCAAGGAGUCAGACAUUCUGAGUGACGAUGACGACUAUUGUGAAACAACAAAGAAAGAGUCUCCAACUAGUGACAUUGAAUCCCACUUUCAAAGACUGACACUGUCAGAUGAUGAAAAAAGGGAAAGCCAACAAAACACGCAUGUUCAAGUAGAAUCAGAGGAGCCGGAAGUGCAAAGGAAACAACCCAAGCUUGUGCGAGCACAUUACUGUGCAAUCAGGCGAAAAGGAAACAGUCUUCGAAGAAACAAAGGAAUUUUGUUAGCUAUGAAAGAGCACAGUCGAUCUUUGGACAGCCAGUCGGAGAGCACUAGCUUGGAUUUAAAUGCUCUUCUGGAGCGUGAGUUUAGUGUUCAAAGCUUGACCUCUGUCGUCAAUGAAGACUGUUUCUAUGAAACACCUUGUGACUAUGCAAAGCCAACAACUCCUCUCUAGGAAACGUUUUCUUUUUUUUUUUUUUUUUUUUUUGUUUUUCAGUGAAUGAAGGAAUUUUCAGUUCCCUGUUUCUACAGAAUGGAGUGAAACGUACUUGAGAUGGCCUUGAAUUCUUUAUUACAGGACUUUGCCUUGCUGUUAUUGUGCACUAAAAAGGACACAUUUUUGCCUACAUUUUAAAAUUAGAAGUUAUUUUCUAAUAUGUUUUACUGGGAAGAGUGUUGUUUAUUUAUUAAUAGUUUUAUUUAGAAAGGUUGUUUUUAUUGGAAUAGCUUAUUGAUGUUCUUGCCGACAGAUUCCUAAUGUAACAUUUGUUUUGUUGUAAAUUAUGCUGAAAAUGAGACAUUACAAGCACUGUCUUUUCCUCUUUAUUGGCUUCAUCUGUGCAGUUUUGGAGUAACUUUAAGAACACUUUGUCUCAAGAUUUGUAAAAUAAAUUAAGUUAUUGCAUAGCUGGGCAACAGCUCUUCUAGUUAUCUAUGGCAAGGACUCACCUUUAAUGUAUUGGUUUAAAUGUUCAGGUUAUAACUGUAUAUUGUGUUUUCUGGAACAAAUCUGUACUGUAACUUGUUAGAUAUUUUGUACACUUUCUACUUGUUUCUGACAUUGUACAGCUACAGCAAAGUGCUCUAGUUUGCAAUAAAUACACUGUCUACAAAA